GAAACUUAAAAGACAACAUAUAUCUACAUCAAAUCUACAUCAAAUCUCUUUUAAAAUCGAGGAUUCCACACGGACCAUAUCUACAGAGUUGAGACCACGGAUCCAAAUUCCAAACUCAUUCUCGCUUUCAUCGUACCACUGGUCAGGUUCUCAGAACUCGGAAAGUCAGAACCAACCAAAUCGAAUCCAUCAGGAAAAUGUGCCUUCUGGAUACUUUCACAGUUCAAUAACAGUUAUCCUCCUCCAGUGGUGGUUGGUACUUGGUAGUCUCAUAGGCAGACGUAGCAUACAAAAACUUUGAUCGAAGCCUUUUGGUUUGGCCCUUAUGCUCCUCUCGUUAUGCCAACGACCUUCUUACAGUAAUUACACUUCCCUCUUCCCCAAAUUUCAUUUUCUAAUUCGCUGGAACCUUUACUCCAUCUCUCCUUUUGCCCGUUAUUCCUCCCGCCAAUUUCUUCAAACAACUGUAAAGUCGGUAUCAACCCAACGGAUAUACGCUUCAAAUGUUCAGAUUGGAGCUCUUGCUCGUGCUGGCAAGCUUAAAGAUGCCCGCCAAGUUUUCGAUAAAAUGCCUCAAAAAGAUGUCGUUUCCUGGAACGCCAUUGUCACUGGUUACUGGCAGAAUGGUCUUUUUGAUGAAUCAAAGAGAUUGUUUGAGUUAAUACCUUUGAAGAAUGUGAUUUCAUGGAAUUCAAUGAUUGCGGGCUGCGUGCAGAAUGAUAGAAUCGAUGAAGCUUACCAGUAUUUCACCAAGAUGCCCGAGAGAAAUACUGCUUCGUGGAAUGCGAUGGUUUCUGGGUUUGUUAGGUAUGGGCGUAUUGAGGAAGCUAAAAGGCUGUUUGACGAAAUGCCUCAGAGAAAUGUGAUAUCUUAUACUGCGAUGAUUGAUGGGUAUACUCAGAUUGGGGAAAUUGAAAGGGCCAGGGCCUUGUUUGAUAGUAUGCGUAGGAAGAAUGAUGUUUCAUGGGUUGUGAUGAUAAGUGGGUAUGUGGAAAAUGACAUGUUUGCGGAAGCAAGAGAACUGUUUGAUCUAAUGCCGGAAAAGAAUGUUGUUGCAAUAACAGCUAUGAUCACUGGGUACUGUAAGGAACGCAAGAUGGGAUCUGCAAGAAUGCUUUUCGAAGAAAUUCAGAAUAGGGAUCUUGUCUCUUGGAAUGCCAUGAUAGCGGGUUAUGCCCAAAAUGGGGAUGGUGUGGCAGCAUUAAAGUUACAUUCACAAAUGCUGAAAAUCUGUAUAAAACCAGAUCACUCAACCUUUGUUUCACUUCUUACUGCAUGUUCAAGUCUUGCAUCCCUAAAAGAAGGAAGAGAGAUUCAUCUAAUUGUUGUCAGAAGUGGUUUUGAGUCAGAUCUCUCCAUAUGUAAUGCCUUGAUAACUAUGUACAGCAAAUGUGGAAGCAUCUCGGAUUCGGUGAUAGUUUUUGGCCUAAUGAACUGUCCUGACCUUGUUUCUUGGAAUGCCAUUAUAGCUGGGUAUGCACAGCAUGGUCACUAUGAGAAAGCUCUGGGGUUGUUUAACGAAAUGGAACUAAAUGGCAUUAAACCAGAUGGUAUAACCUUCCUUAGUGUCUUGUCAGCUUGUGACCAUGCAGGGAAGGUGGAAGAGAGCAUGGAGUGGUUUAAUACAAUGCUAAAUGGUUAUGGAAUUGCACCAAGGGCUGAACACUAUGCAUGCCUUGUUGAUAUAUUGAGUCGAGCAGGACAUUUAGAUGAGGCCUACAAGAUUAUCCAACAGAUGCCAUUUGAACCUGAUACUGGGGCUUGGGGACCUCUUCUUGCUGCUUGUCGAGUUCAUUUGAAUGUUGAACUGGGAGAAAUAGCAGCAAACAAACUUGUGAAAUUGGAGCCUCAGGAUUCAGGUGCUUAUAUUAUGUUGUCAAAUAUCUAUGCGGCAGCUGGGAUGUGGGAAGAUGUAACUAGAAUGAGAGGCCUGAUGAAAGAGCAAGGAGUUAAAAAGCAAACAGCGUAUAGUUGGACGGAGAUUGGAAAUGAAGUGCACUUCUUUUCUGGAGGGGACAUAUCUCAUCCGGAGAUUCAUAGAAUUCAUUUGGAGCUUAAACGGAUUGGUUUGCAGAUGAAAAUGUUUUAUGACUUUGAAGACAUUGAAACUUAAUGUCUUACAUUUGAUACUCAUCUCAAAACUUUGGGCUUCUCUGUUUUGAAUCUCUCCAGGACAUAUAAAGAACAUGAUGCAUUGAAGGAAUCCUUAUUCCUGGAGGAUGCUGAGAGGAAUUGGAUCAUUUACAGAAAAGUUGGCCAAUGAUUUUGGAGGUGCUUUACUGCUAGAAUACAUCAGAAGAUAUUUCAGACAGCUUGCUUCAAUGCGAGAUGGAUAGCCAACGUUGGGUUUUAUGGAGCCAUGAAGGGUGAAGAAACUUAUACUUGAAGUUCUGACAUAAAAUACCGAGUCUCAUGAUUCAUGAAGUUAGAAGAGGCCAUUAAAAUUCCAAGAGAGUGGGUUUGGCCAAAUCAUCCAAUUAUGUUCUCUGCAAGGAGGGAAAACACUGGCUAGAGAAACAGUUGAUUGCCAUUUAUUCUUGAGUUCUGACCAACAAAGAAUAAGAAGUCAUCUAUCGAAAGCAGCAGAAAUUAUCUUGAGCCAAAUUUCAGUUUCCUUUAAUUGUUAUUGAUGCAAGAUUUUUGGGUAGACCAGUCUAUUGGUCAUCGAAAAGGGAAGGGUUAAAAGUUAUUGUAGAAGAAGCCCUAUUAUUUUGAACUGGAAGGAACAUAAGGAGUGAAAAUGGAAAAGGAAUCCACUGGAAAAUGAUUGUCAAAAGACUGGAAUUAUUGAUGUUUAUGACCAGAGAAAUAAUCAGCAAGAGAUAUUUCUGUGAUUCAGGCAAAAAACUCCAGAAUUCCAUUCUUUUUUCACAAUCACAAAAGAAAUUUGUAUUGAUACCAAAAAUGAAGGAAAGCUUGGGGGACAUAUUUAUCAAUGUAGAAGAAAUUCUCAGUUUACACCCUUUGUAAUCAUUGAAGUGGUAAGAGUUUUAAAUCAUGGAAAUGUUUUCAGAAUUUGUUUUUAUAAUUAAUCGGUUAUCUUU